AAUAUAUCAGUAUCUACAUUUUUUAAUGGCGCCAAAAUAUUAAAAGAUCAGCAAAUUGAGCUGACAAAACUGAGGUUCAACGUUGUAAAUUAGAAAAUACAAAAAUGGUCGGCCAAUAUGAUGAAAAUGUAUUACCUGACAUGUUGCCUGUGUACUACACAAGACUGUUUCCUCAAAACUUGUUUUGUAGGUGGCUUUCAUGUGGAAACAGUCCCCAGCCACUUUCAAAUAGAGAAUUAUCUUUCACUUUGGCUGACGAUGUAUACUUGAGAUAUCUAUCUAUUAAUAAUCAGAAAGAAUUUUUUACUUUAUUACAAAAGAAAUGUCCACACAAACUUGACAUUGGUGCAGUUUAUAAUACUAAACCUUCAGUUGGCCGUCACGAUGCAGUUGUUCUGGCCAGGGAGUUGGUAUUUGAUAUUGAUCUCACAGAUUAUGAUGAAGUUCGAACUUGUUGCCAAGAAGCUAAAGUAUGUGAUAAAUGCUGGAAGUUUAUGGUAGUGGCAUGUGAAAUCAUUAACGCUGCUUUAAAAGAUGAUUUUGGUUUUCAAUCUAUUCUUUGGGUGUUUUCUGGAAGACGUGGAAUACAUUGCUGGAUAUCAGAUUACGAAGCGAGAACAUUAGAUAGCCCGGGACGAGCGGCUGUUGCAGAUUAUCUCUGUCUUAUUAUGGGUGGAGAAAAUCAGAGCAAAAAAGUGCAUUUAGGUAGUGACAACUUACAUUCUAGUAUAAGGAGAGCUUUAAUUGUAAUAGAUAAAUAUUUUGAUGAGAUUGUUCAAGAUCAAGAAUUUUUAUCUACAUCAGAUAGAUUAAAAAGUUUCUUAAAGAUGAUACCUGAUGAAGCAUUAAGAAAGCAGGUCCAAGAGAAUUUAGAAAGAAUGCCAACAUCAUCUAUUGACAGAUGGAAAUCUUUUGUCAAUAAUUACAAUCAAUUUUGUAAAGAGAAUUUGCAUGGAAUGCGAAAGAUGAAGUAUUUAAUAGAAGAAAUAAAAAUCCAAUAUUGUUACCCACGGUUGGAUGUAAAUGUCACAAAAGGAUUCAAUCACUUAUUAAAAUCACCAUUCAGUAUUCAUCCAAAAACAGGAAAAGUGUCUGUGGUGUUUAAACCUGAUAAUGCUAAAGACAUCAAAUUGGAUGAAAUACCUACAAUUUACACCCUUCUUGAUGAUAGCUCUUCAGAUAAUGUACAACAUCAAACAAAUAUGAGAACUGCUGUUAAGAAUUUUCAAGAAUUAGUAUUUUCACUAGAGAAAGCAGAGGCAGUAAGAAGAAAAACAGAAGCAAAUACAUCUUUGGAAUUCUAAACAAAAAUAAGGCUUUAAAAUAAAACUAAUGUACA